GUCAUAUCAGUCAUUCAUUAUCUGUCAUUGUGGGAGGCUGUGUUGAAUUUGUGUAAUUUUAUUAUACGUUAAUGUAUAUGUAGCGGCAUUUCUCGAUUUUCCAUUAUUUCUGUUGAAAUUCCAUUUAGUUUAAUUGAACGGCUGUGUUGUAAUGAGUGUUUAAAUUAGAUUACUGUCGAAAAUGGGUGCAAAAGUAUCUAGAACGGAUUUCGAAUGGGUAUACACGGAGGAACCUCAUGCCAGUCGCCGAAAAAUUAUUCUAGAGAAAUACCCGGAAAUAAAACAGCUCUUUGGCUACGACCCGCUGUUCAAAUGGGUGGUUACGGGCAUGGUGCUAACACAGAUAGCUAUGCUGCCUUUAGUCCAACACCUGAGCUGGCCCGUCAUGUUGCUGCUGGCGUACUGCUUCGGCGGGGUCAUCAACCACUCUCUCAUGUUAGCGAUCCACGAGAUAGCUCACAAUCUAGCGUUCGGACACGCUCGGCCGCUACACAACAGACUGUUUGGGUUCUUCGCUAACCUCCCCAUAGGGCUGCCCGUCUCCAUCAGCUUCAAGAAGUAUCACUUGGAACAUCACAGGUACCAAGGCGACGAGGUCAUUGACACCGAUCUCCCGACGCUGAUAGAGGCUAAGCUCUUCAACACAACUGGUGGGAAACUUCUCUGGUUAUUCCUGCAGCCAUUCUUUUAUACAGUGCGUCCACUAAUGGUUCGUCCGAAGCCCCCCACUCCAUUGGAGCUGAUCAAUUUGGUAAUACAGCUGUUCUUCGAUGCUGUGGUUGUCAAGUUGUAUGGUUGGAAGGUGCUUGCGUAUCUUGUUCUUGGCUCUUUGAUGGCGAUGGGCGUGCAUCCAGUUGCAGGCCACUUCAUAUCGGAGCACUACAUGUUCCGUAAAGGUUUCGAAACGUAUUCUUACUACGGACCCCUAAACUGGAUCACCUUCAACGUGGGCUACCACAACGAGCACCACGACUUCCCCGCGGUUCCUGGGAGAAGAUUGCCCGAGGUCCGGAGAAUAGCCAAGGAGUUUUACGACGAUCUCCCGCAGCACCACAGCUGGUCGGCCGUCCUCUACGACUUCGUGAUGGAUCCCGAUAUCGGCCCUUACGCCAGGAUCAAGAGGAAACACCACGGACUGGACAGCUAGAUUUGGUCUUGGAUUUGGUGUUUUUUAAUCUGACGAACACCGAACAGACGAAAAAGAAUUUAGUCUUUUAUUUUAGUAAAACAAAAAUACAUAUUUAGCUAGUUUUGUUUUGGAAUUGAAAAAAAAUGUAUUUUGUGUAAUAUAUAAAUGAAUAUUAACAUUUUUCUGAAAAUGUUACACAUUUUUUAAUAUAUAAUAGUUGCUGUAAUCUAAACAAAGGUAUAUUUUGAAGUAAGUUAACUUUUUUAAUUAUUAUUUCUGCUAGAUACAAUCUAAAGUAUUUUAUCCAAGAAAUUUUGUUUGCAAUUUGUUUUCUUGUUAAAAAACGCGAGAGAAUUUUUAAAACGAAAUCAAGUUUUAAAUUCGCCUUCUUCUUUGCGUGUUUCUCCAACGAUUUUAGAUAUUUUAAAUUUAAUCUACCUUCAAUGAAUAUUUAGUUUAGUAACUCAAUGAAAUGUUUAUAUAAUAAAAUUAUGUAUUGUGUACAUAAACAGCUAUGUGCUAUAUUUUUAUAUGCCUAUUAUAUAUGUGUAUUCUUCUGUAUUAUUGGUAUAACUUUAAACUACAUAGUACACUUCACCGCACCGCUCCUCCUCGGCAAGAUUACGUUCAUUGAAAAUUGAGCUUUAAAGCGUCCGUUGUAGACAUAAUUUACAUUGACAACACAAGAGGAGACUGGCAGAAGUCCGCCAUAGGACUAGUAAUACUCCAGAGAGGAUGAACACGCGUUGACACGAAGCGGUGCCAACAUAAGAUCUUACUACACAAAUUGGCCGCAGCGCUUUUUGUUAACACAUCGCGAACAACUACCCUGAUUUUGAUUAUUUGUUUUUUUUUAUAUUGAUUUUUUUCCCAAAUUUUUUCUCUGAUGUGACUUUAUUUGGGGUACCAUAUGUAUACCUAACGACUAUGUCGGAGGUAGUAUUACACCCUAUAGUGUAUAUGUAUGUAUACAUAUAUACAAAUUAUUAAACAAUAUUUUCAUAACCACAUGUAUCGCACUUAUACAUUAGCGUAAUAUACAACAGUAUUAUGUGCUUUAUAUAUAUAAGGACGCAUUUAUACUAUACAUUUAUAUUUACUUAUUUUAGAUCAUUGAUGCAAGUUUUGUCUAGAAAUGCAGUCGAGUCAAAUCAGAUUUUUCUACAUCUAUAAAGUGUAGAAAAGGUGGACGCUGUCUCCUGUUGGAUUGACACUAGGUGUUUAUCGACCAACCUUGACCAUAGAAUGGUCAAGGUUGGUGUAUGAAACACACAAAGGGGUUUGGUGUUGCAAUGGUAAAAAAUACUUUUAUAUGGAAAUUAUGGUUUCUAUUUCCAGAAUAAAAAAGAUUUCUUAACAAACAAUGUGAGCGAGUUAUACAGGGUUACUGGUAUCAAACGCAUAACCUCCUAAAGAUAACUUGGGUACAUCAAAAUGAGCAACUUUAUUCUACGACUUAUUUUCUUUUUUUUUUUCAUAUAAAAAAAAUACAAUCUAAUUUGCGAAUCUACACAUAUUAACUCUAUUAAUAGCCAAGCAACACGAGACAGUACAGUAGCGUUAUGUAGCGGAAUCGAACAUAGAGUUAACGUUUUAUAGAAACGAUAUUAAAACUAAAAAAAGGGGGAAAAAAUGUAUUCAUUACGUCAAGACAAGAUGUUAGUCUCUAUGUGCCUUAUGCGCCUUUGGAAGGUUAUGCGUUGGAUACCAGCAACCCUGUAUAUAUGAGUGAAUUUUGAUGUCGAUAAGUGAUGUAUAUCAUCCUAAGUUGAAUUUGAGCUAAAAAUUGUAGAUCAUGUAAAAAUAAAAUUGAUCAAUAUAAGUGAGAUUAAAUUAAAUAUCGUGUUUGAUUAUAAAAAUAUCUUUACGCUUUUUUUCUCCAGUGUAUUAUUUUAUUAUAGAUAUCUGAUCUAUGUCACACAUUUGUCUAUUUCUAGGUUAAAUAUACCUUUUUAUCUACCUAUAUUGUUAAGUUUUAUAAUAAAUAAUGUACUAUAUGUAUAUUCAAUAUAAUUUUAUAAAACAUUUCAACAUUUAGUUCUGUAUAUUAUUUUUGAAGCUGUGGUGGUGCAGUGGUUGAGACCUGUGAUCGAGAGGUCCCAGGUUCGAAUCCUACUUGUGCCACAUGAGAUUUUUUACAAAUCUGGCUUGUGUAUAAUAAUCUACUAUGCGAUUCUACACAUCUUAACUCUAUGUAAUAUCCAAGCAACACGAGACAGGACAGGGUGGUUCGCAGAGCGUUUCGACCGCUGCGGCUGCGCGGUUAUUACAAUUCGUCAAUUUUCUUGAGGAAGGAAUCAUUUACAAAAUCAAUCAUUCAUAAAAUUGACAUUACUGUAGUACAGAGUAACUAAUGUAAAGUCAUAUAGUAAAACUCAUUCUUGUCUUUGUCAAUUUGAAAAAUUGUAAUGACAGCGCGACCGCAGCGGUCGAAACGGUCGUCUCUGCGAAUCACCUAUAAUAGCGUUAUGUAGCGGAAUCGAACAUAGAGUUAACGUUUAUAGAAACGACAUGAAAAAAAAUAUUUUUUUUGUAUUUAUUACUUUUAGACAGAAGUCGUAGAGCAAAAGAUUUAAGUCUCUAUGUACCUUAUGCGCCUUUGGAAGGUUAUGCGUUAGAUACCAGUAACCAUGUAUAUAUAUAUAUAUUUUUACGACCUCGGUGGCGCAGUAGUAAAGUGCUUGCCUCUGAACCGAGAGAUCCCGGGUUCGAUCCCCGGUCGGGUCAUGAUGGAAAAUGAUCUCUUUCUGAUUGGUCCGGGUCUUGGAUGUUUAUCUAUAUAUGUAUUUGUUAUAAAAUAUAGUAUCGUUGAGUUAGUAUCACAUAACACAAGAACUUACUUUGGGGCUAGCUCAAUCUGUGUGAUUUGUCCUAAUAUAUUUAUUAUAUUGUUUUUUAUUUUUGUCUUUUUCUGGUUUAGAAAAUAAUUUUAACAGAAAACAUAAAUCAUAUCAAAGAGUUCCUUUUACAUUAACUUCUGGUCACAAUACGCUGGUAAAAAUAGUACUUCGUUUUUGCUUUGCAUUACUUUAAACAUAUUGUUAUCUUAGUAGCUCGAUGUUACAUAACCAUAAGGGUGAUAUUAUUUUUUACUAUAUGCAUUUUCAUUUAGAAAUAAAUGUACAUAUUGUUUUUUAUAAUUAGCUAGCGUACAGCUAAAACCGCAGCGGCUUUGCUCGCCCGUGGUCUUUGGUCGUAGAUGGAUGAAGGCCUUAACUAUGCCUUUUUACGAACUUGGCAAGGUUUACUACAGGUUAAAUGUUACAGAUGUUUCUAAAAUGUAUUGUGAAUUGUUGGAAUAAAAUCUAUUUCAAUA